AUAUAGAAAAUCUACAAGUUUUGAUGCUUUAGUUGGUAUUCCACACUCGACCUAGAAGUUAAACCAACUUAGCUUGGCAUCGAUCAAAUUCAAUCGACCGAAUUGAAUUUGAUACGAUCGGUCGCGUCUCCUUUCUUCUUCCGAUCCAUCCGAAUCCAGCAAGGAUUACAUAUAUCCACCACACGCACGCACGCAAAAAGGAUUACCCAACUUUCGCGGGAUUACUACUGUUCGCAGCAGUCGGAAAGUGUACACCAUGAGAAGUGCACUGUUCGUUGUGGCGCUCUGCGCCGUGGCGGUGGCCACAGUAACGGCCGAUACGCAUGUGCGUAAGACCCGUGCCGCCGACGGGUACUUCUACCCUACGCCCAAGGUGCCGUUCGAUCUGCCCGUUCGCACCAACCCACCGCCCACGCGGCCACCAACCCGCCCCCCCACUCCUCCCCCAACCAGGCCACCCACCCGGCCACCAACCACCCGUCCCCCGGCAACUUACUUGCCGCCCACGAAUAAGCCACCACCACCGGCUACUACUCGUGUGCCUCCACCACCACCGCCGCCAAGGACCCCACCUCCGACCAGGCCGCCAACUCGUCCCCCGACGACCCGUCCUCCAGCAACCUACCUGCCACCCACCAACAAGCCACCAGCACCGGUGACCACUCGUCGCCCGACGCCACCACCCACCAGGCCCCCAACCAGGCCACCAACCACCCGCCCGCCGGCAACCUACCUGCCGCCCACGAACAAGCCUCCUCCACCAGUGACCACCCGUGUGCCACCACCACCACCGCCGCCAAGGACCCCGCCUCCAACUAGGCCACCAACUCGUCCCCCGACGACUCGUCCUCCAGCAACCUACCUGCCGCCCACCAACAAGCCACCAGCACCAGUGACCACUCGUCGCCCAACGCCGCCACCGACCAGGCCACCAACCAGGCCCCCAACUCCACCACCGACCCGUGCUUCCACCCCAGCUCCUACCUACCUGCCACCCACCAACAAGCCACCACCACCAGCGACCACUCGUCGGCCAACGCCACCACCGACCAGGCCACCAACCAGGCCUCCAACUCCACCACCGACCAGGCCACCAACUCGUCCACCAACGCCGCCACCAACCUACUUGCCGCCCGUGACUGUGCGCACCACUCGCCCACCUCCUCCACCAACCCGUCCACCAACCCCACCACCGACUCGCCCACCCACCCGUCCUUCUACUCCCCCACCAACCCGUCCUCCCACUCCUCCCCCAACCCGUGCAUCCACUCCCGCUCCCACCUACCUGCCACCCACCAACAAGCCACCACCACCAGCAACCACUCGUCCCCCAGUACGCACCACCCGCCCACCUCCACCACCAACCAGGCCCCCAACCCCACCACCCACCAGGCCACCAACUCGUCCACCAACCCGUCCACCAACCCCUCCUCCGACCUACCUUCCCCCAGUGACCGUGCGCACCACUCGCCCACCUCCACCACCGACUAGGCCACCAACCCCACCACCAACUAGGCCACCAACCCGUCCCCCGACGCCACCCCCAACCAGGCCACCCACUCGUCCACCGACGCCACCACCAACCCGUGCCUCCACUCCGGCACCUACCUAUCUGCCACCCACCAACAAGCCACCACCACCGGCAACCACUCGCCCACCAGUGCGCACCACCCGUCCUCCUCCACCACCAACCAGGCCACCAACCCCUCCCCCAACUAGGCCACCAACUCGUCCCCCGACGCCACCACCAACUUAUCUGCCUCCCGUGACCGUGCGCACCACUCGCCCACCUCCACCACCAACCAAGCCACGCACUCCUCCCCCAACUAGGCCACCAACUCGUCCUCCGACGCCACCACCAACUUAUCUGCCCCCCGUGACUGUGCGCACCACCCGCCCACCUCCACCACCAACCAGGCCACCAACCCCUCCCCCAACUAGGCCACCAACUCGUCCCCCGACGCCACCACCAACCAGGCCACCCACUCGUCCUCCGACGCCACCACCAACCCGUGCCUCCACUCCGGCACCUACCUACCUGCCACCCACCAACAAGCCACCACCACCGGCUACCACUCGCCCACCAGUGCGCACCACCCGUCCCCCUCCACCACCAACUAGGCCACCAACUCCUCCCCCAACUAGGCCACCAACUCGUCCCCCGACGCCACCACCAACUUAUCUGCCCCCCGUCACCGUGCGCACCACCCGCCCACCUCCACCACCAACUCGUCCCCCGACUCGUCCUCCAACCAGGCCACCCACUCGUGCCACCACCCCGGCACCUACUUAUCUGCCACCCACCAACAAGCCACCACCACCGGCUACCACUCGCCCACCAGUGCGCACCACCCGCCCUCCUCCACCACCAACCCGGCCACCAACCCCACCACCCACUAGGCCACCAACCCGGCCACCCACUCCCCCACCAACCUACCUGCCCCCCGUGACGGUGCGCACCACCCGCCCACCUCCACCACCCACUCGCCCCCCAACCCCACCACCAACCCGUCCCCCCACUCGCCCACCAACCCCACCACCAACCCGUCCCCCAACUCGCCCACCCACCACGUACCUGCCGCCCGUGACCCGUCGCACCACCCCCUACGUGCCAGUCACCACCAAGUUCCCGGGCUACAACUACCCCGUGCCCAAGAUCCCCUUCAACUUCUAGGCGAAGGAUCUUCGGAUCUGCGGGAUCGCAGUAGUAGUAGCAGGCACUUGUCCAGGGCUAGAUUGAUCUUCUAGUCAUACAGUCGUACAGUCUAAAAAAAAAGAGAAAAGAUAGUUCACAAAUUGGCCGCCAGGGUGCUAGAGGGCGCCGCUGGGGCGCCACGAAGGGACGACACUUGUUUGUUUUUAUUUUAUUUUUUGUAAUUACGAAUCGCAUACUCAUACAGCUAGGGACCAUCGUCUACACACUAUGUGCCCCACUUGUACAGCUAACUCUCUAUCCAAUCUUGCUAUUUCUACCCGCUACGAUCGAAGAAGGACCGGCCCGAUCGACUGUGACGGGCCGAUCCAGCUCAAGACUAUAUAGCUCUAUAUUACGAUUAAUAAAUCUUUUAUUCGGAUCACUGAAGAACCUGAACAAUAAAAUAAGUUUUUCGAAUAUUUCAA